UGGGCUGGGCUGCGCUGAGAGGAUGCUGAACGCCGACCGCCUCUCUCAGUCCGGGCUCGACUACUUGGCUCAGAGACAUGUCCUCACAUAUAUGGAAGAUGCAGUAAGCCAGCUGCUUGAAAGCAGAGAGGAUAUUAGUCAAUAUGGUGUUGCCAGAUUCUUCACUGAAUACUUUAACAGCGUGCGUCAAGGAACUCAUGUUUUGUUCCGUGAGUUCAGCUUUGUGCAAGCUACACCACACAACAGGGCAUCUUUUCUAAGGACAUUCUGGCGUUGCUUCAGAGCAGUGGGCAAAAAUGGAGAUUUGCUGACCGCCAAAGAAUAUCACUGCCUGUUGCAGCUGCUUUGCCCGGACUUUCCGAUGGAGCUUACUCAGAAGGCAGCAAGGAUUGUGUUAAUGGAUGAUGCUGUGGACUGCUUGAUGUCUUUUUCAGACUUCCUGUUUGCUUUCCAGAUCCAGUUUUAUUACUCUGAGUUCCUUGAAAGUGUAGCUGCUAUCUAUCAAGAUCUCUUGACUGGCAAAAGUCCGAACACUGUCAUUGUGCCUACAUCAUCUUCUGGGCAGCAUCGUCAACGCCAGGCCCUAAGUGACUGCAGCCCACUCGAUGGGGUAGAGGCACCUGUGUUUUAUCAGUGUCUGGAAUCUCUGUGUGACAGGUCCAAAUACAGCUGCCCUCCAUCUGCAAUUAUCAAGGAAGUUCUCAGCAAUGUGCAGAGAUUGACCUUUUAUGGAUUCCUGAUGGCUCUUACAAAGCAUCAUGGGAUCAACAGAGCCCUUGGUGCUCUUCCAGAUAAAGCAGAGCUCCUACUUGACCCACUUAUGGAUCUAGAACUAGAGAAACUCACAGCCCAAGUCUCAGGGUUGUCCAUUUCCAGUUCUUCCAUCUCCAGUGGGGAUACUGCAAACUUGGCUUCCCGCCAGUCUCCUAGAAUCAGUUCCCCUUGGAGGCCUCUUCACCACCGCCGGAAAAUGGACGCUGAAAGUGAUGGCUCCACAGAAGAGACUGAUUCUUCUGAGAACUAAUGGAAGGCAGCACCAGUUCAUGUCCAGGAUCUUGCAACUGAAGACAGUGGGAAGCAGAAGGGAAAUCAGCACUUUUUGCACUUCUGUGCCAUCUUUGUACCAAAUGCCUUCUUACCAUGUCAACACUACAGUGCAUGCAUAUUCAUGUAUCUCCCUAAUAGCAAGGUCAAAACUGCUCCAUUCUGGAGAGGCACAGGAGAGAUUCAUUUGCAAGUUUAUGGGGUCCUCUAGUGGCAAGCAUAACAAAUAAGCAGAAGCACCCUUUCCCUAGGAGUCACCCUUUUGAAGGAAUUAAUGCUAAAUCUUAUGCUCAAUGGAACAUUAUUUUCAUCCUCAAGCAAGAGGAAAAAACCUAUAGAAUGUGAAACUUGCAAACUGAUGACCCCUGCCCCCCCAGGCUUGUUUUUGCUUUAUAUUGGAAAGCACUAUAUGCUUCCUAGACUGAUGUCUUAAUCUCCUCCAAGUCUUAAAUGUAAAUUAUAAGCUUUGUCAUGGCAUUAGUUAGCUGUGCAGUUAAGAAAUGAUAAAUACUUUGUGGCCAUAUUGGAAAAAAUCUUUUUCAACUGUUCUUAUUGGCUCCGGGUUAGAAGAAAACAGUAGUACAUUAUUGUUACUCAGAAAUGUAAUGCAUCCUGUGAUCAUGACAUGUAGCAAUUAUAGCCUGUAACAUAAGACAGGUAAUAGUAUCAGUGACAUCUCACCUUUCACAAAGCAACUUUUAAGGGACAAAAUACAAACCACUCUGUGGGUUGUAAGAGUAAGCUUCAGCUUCUCAGGCUUACACCCACCCAACUUCCUUUGCACGCAGAACGAUAACCCUGGUUGAAGUUUUGGAUGCUUUAAAAAACUGGGUUUCUUUCUUUCCCAGUAACCACUAUUCUAAGUCAAGUUUAAACUGUCAUUUACAAAGCAUUUUAAGCACAGUAACAUCCUGCUAAGUUCAUUUAAGUCAAUAGGGUUAGAAGGGUGUAAACUGUGUUUAAGCUUCCACUGUUAGAAUCCCAGUUACUAGAAGCCCAAAUUUGUUAAGAUGCCCGCAAUUCAGAUGUCAUAAAUUAGGCAGAGCAAAGGCUUCCUAAAGCAGGAAUUCUUCAGUCAUGGCAACCUGCAAGGGGUGGGGGGUGGGGCUUGUUCAUAACACAAAUAAACUGCAAUUUGUUGUGACUGUGUGACUAGAACCCAAUAAAGACUCUGCUGCAUUGCUUUUCAACA